AUGCGCUCCAAAGCCUUCCAAAUCUAUCCUAUAUUGUACAUUGAAGAUCAGCAGCAUGCAGCCCUCGUGCCGAUUGCCUACGCACCGCGCGGCAUUGACGACGACGCUGUGCGCCCGGAACAGCGAAUGCGAAACGGACUCGGGUGCAUCAUGCGUUUUCGCGCCAAAACUUGCCAGGAUGCCUCGCUGGCGCCUCUCGCUCUUCGGGCUGGAUCGCUGCUUGUAGCGCCUCGCCCCGGAACUGGACGUCUUCUAAUAUGCGAAAGCGCUAACGCGCUUAAGGAACUAAACAUCGCAACCCUUUCACAGCCUAUGUGUGAACCGAACCUAAUCGACGAAUACAUCUCGGACGAUACGGGCGAUAGAUAUCGAAGCUUUAGCCGAGAUAUUCCCAGAACAACGCAAGCGAUGAAAGUCACGUCUGCGCAGCAAGCGAAACGUCACCGACUCGCACCAGCGUUCGUUACCUAUUCUCGAGACGGUAUCGAGCGCACAGUGCCACAGCCUGAAACGGAUGCAACCUCCAGUUGCUCGUGGUCUAUUGUGGUGCGCGAUUCUCGGACAGAAACUGUCCUUCUGACGCGUGCAAAGUGCAGCGUCGCGAGCGGCAGCUCGAAAACAGCGCUCUCGUCGCCGAUCGAAAAGUCAGAGCAGACACGCGUCUCGAGAGACAACCAGUUCGAGCGUGGGCGUUUCGCAGAGCUCCAGAGUGAAUGGAUGACUCGCGAGCUGCUCAGUAGCGGUGCAUCGGAAUGCAGCACAAGUGCUGGUAACGGCGACGCUGACGCCAAGUCGAGCACAUCUGCAGCCGUUCAAGCGAUCUUAUGCGCCUUGACCUGCACGAUUGAGAAACAGCCGCCUCCAUGGAGCGCUGAAAUUGCGCGUGCUGUGCUUCCGCUUUACGUUCACCCUAACUUGCAAGUGCGCACUUGGGUUCUGGCAGUCAUUAGCCACUGUGAAGCGGCCGACGAACUGCAGCGCUGGCUCGCGGACCAGCUCGCUGCAGACAACGGUCCACUUCUCGACGCAAUGCGUGCGGCGUUUCAUCCCAAGUUCGAGUCAGAACGAGAGCGUCUCGUAGCUAUAGAGUUCUGGGCGAACCUUGUUCGACUCCUGGGUCGACGCGGCUUGGGUACGCCUGGUAUUGCACGCAGGCUGCUGAACUUGUACGAAAGAGCACUAGCGGACGCGAGGCCGUCAGUCCAUGCCGCCGUCCUGAGAGCAUGGCACGCCUUGAUCGGGGUUGUGCUCGAUCAGCGCCUGCCCAAGCAUGAACAAGAACGAUCCUGGAUACGCGUCCUCCUGCAGCCAAUCCGGAUGACGCUGCGGCACGUCCCGCGAACGGAACUUAUACUCACCGAGGGACAUACUCCAUCUGAGCGGAAGCAAGUGCGUCAGGCUUUGAUAGACAUGUUAGCCUUUUUCUGCUAUCGCUACCUGCGAUAUACGGAUAUUUCGAUUCGUUCAGCGACAGCGCGCAUCUUCGAGGCCUUGGCAGACUUCGACGACGACGACGAUGACGACGUCGGCAUUGACGUGGACAAUCCCGAUCAGCGCAAUAUUGUGUUUAGUAGUGUGCUCGAGCAUCUGUUCGCGACUGAGCAGGUGCGCGAGGCGCUUCUGUUGGCUGCUUUGCAUCGGGAUUGGAGCCAAACGCGGCUAGCGGCUAGCGAGUUCGCACAUGCUACGAGGACAGCGUGUCAGCCUGACCAAGCGGACUCGUUAGUAGAUGAGCUUUUCGACGCCCAUGCCAUGGUUGUUCCAAGUAUCGCGACGCGUCAGCGAGCGGAUCGUCAACUCAUCGCUCGGGAAUGGUUGAGCGUUGGGGCUCGCGACCUCACUUACAGGCGCUUUGGCGAACUACUUGUUCUCGCAUUGCACCAAGCUGGCGAUGAGCGGCCACUAGAUCCCAGCCGCUCUCUGCUGGUGCAGCGCAGCUUUACCACCCUCUUCGGCGCUUUGAACGAAUGCUCACGGCAGUGCGAAAAGUCCAUUGGCACGCUGCUCGAUCAACUCACCGAGACGUUCACGCGCUACCCGAUCGACUGGACCCUGCUUGCGUCACCCUGUCUUAGCGUUGUGGUACCAGGUCAUGGCGAUAAGCGCCAGAGUCCGGCGCUCUUGCUUCUGUGGCUGGUUGCUCAACGCCGCGGCUCGUGGCCUCCCUGGCUGGAUGCUCUCGCACUUGCGCUGCCGGACUUUUGGAGUUGCUUUGAGGUGCUCACACCAGUUGAGCACACCGCGCUGUUGCAACACCUUGCCCAACUGGCAGCUCGUCGCGUUACGAUGAGCAACGCCACCAACGAAUCCGAACAGCAGCAGCAGCAGCAGCGGUCGAUAGCGGUGCACCACCAGCAACUCGAUACCUGCUUUGCUCUGGUGUUUCAGGACCCAGCCUCGUCACUGCAGCUCCCUCCAGCGAUGUAUCAGAACGUUCCCGGCACCUUACUUGCCCAUAGGUUGCAGCAGUAUCGGCACUGGGUACCCGUGCCCCGCGCGAUAGCGCUCCUGCCUUGGUACGCAGUGGCGGCCUCCGAGCACGCGCCCGAGCUCAUCCACUACUUGUAUCGUCUGGACCCCGAAAACGUCCACAAGUGCCUCCGUGCAGUGGCACCUCCAUUGGCGGCUCGUCUGCGUCGACUACAAGCUCGUGAACCAGUAUCGAUUCUGAAAACCUCACCCGCGACACCGAGUCCUGCGGUCUGCAGUCGACGGCGUUUCCCGAGUAACGACGCCUGGACCCUGACUGACAGCCCUCAUGACCAAGACGAUACCGUUCGUGACCUCUCAGCGAAGAAAACUUCCCGUCACGUCCGCUUUGAAGAUGAACCCGGACUCGAGCGUUUACCAUCGUCACCGUUAUCCUCACCGGUACGACGGGAAUCGGCACCGUGUUCAUCACCGCUUGUCGGGUACACACUGUAA